GCUGCUUUGCCUACACAAACCCCUGCUGCCUCGGACUGGCCGCUCUCAUCUUCUCCAUCAAGAGGAUUGCAUCGAUAGAGUUGGAGCUGCUCACUACGUCACCAAGUUGGAUCUGCUAAAGGGCAACUGCCAUUUUUUUUUGGAGGCAGCACAGAGGCAGCACAUAAAGCAGAUAAUUCCUGGUUUAUACAUGAUGAGGAUUCAUCUCCUAUUCCGUGUCCUCUGCCUGAUGGCUCCUUUUGGCUACAAUCAGCUUCAAGCUUCUCCUGGUCCCAAAGGUGGGAAAGGAGAUCCUGGGCCACCUGGACCACCUGGACCACCUGGACCACGACCACCUUGUCUUUGCACUAUAAGUGGACUUCCAGGUUUGCCAGGGGACCAAGGACGACGUGGAUUACCUGGACUUCCUGGACUUCCUGGACUUCCUGGACCAGCUGAAUCCAUUCUGUGUGGACAAGAUAUAUUUGACCCCACCAUCAGCCAGGACCUUAAAACCUUAACGAAGAGCACUACUACGUUAGAGCUGAUUAUAAACUAUGACUUUGUACGCAAAGUUGGUCAGAAAUAUUUUGUGUCCAACAAGGAGAGAGACUCUUUCUCCAGAGCUGUCGAGUUCUGCUCCCAGCAAGGCUUGGAGCUGGCGUUGCCCCAGAACGAGGAGGAGAACACCGCACUGACUGAAGUAUUUGUGGACGUUUACAAAAUGGCCUGGAUCAAUGUCAACAAUAAAAAAGCAGAGGGGAAUUUUGAGACUGAUAUGAGAAACCAACCUUUGACCUUCACCAAAUGGGGAGAAGGGCAGCCAGACAAAUCCAUUGAGGACACAGGCUGCACCAUGCUGUCAGAAAAUGAUGUCUGGCGAGUGACACCUGAAUGCUCCUUCAAUGCUUACAUCAUUUGUCAGUUAUAGAAAGGUCUUAUAUCCCUUGCAUGUCUUGUUUUAAUGGAAAGUUUUUAAUUUACUUUAUUGAAUAAAUUGUUUGAAAUAAAAGAAAACUGUAGAAAAAAAGGUCCCUCUCAGAUGUGGAAUAGGUAAGAGUGCCAACUGUGUCUGUUAAAGUGGCGACUUUUUACUAUUCAGACACAGUCACACCUUGCCUUUUUCAGGGAAUCUAUCAUAUAAAAUGGUUGUCUUGAGCUUUGAUUUAGAUGAGUAUUAUAUCAUUGUCCUGAUUCUAGUUUGGGGAGAGAAAACUGUAUAAAAAAUUUAAUCUGCAAGCAUUUUCUCAUUGUGCUAAUACACUGCACUAUAACUUUUACCCUCCUGUUUUAACUAUUUAUUUUCUAUCUCACUCUUUUAAUAUUUAAAUGUUCUUUUGCAUUACUUUUUGCUUUUACAUUGUGUUGUAGUUAGUUGAAGAAAGAGUGUUGAGUCUCAUUCCCAGGUCGUCAAUAACCAUCUAUCUUCAAGACACCAACCCAAAGUGUUUUUUUUAUCUUGCUUGGCUCUGAUUGGUUGUUUUCGUUCAGGUCCGGUGGAUUCUUGUAAGUUCCAUUAAGAGCACUCAGAUUAGCCAGAGAAACCAGAUUUUUUCACAAAUUAUCUGUUGUGUCUGUUAUAAACAUUACCUACUGCAGCUUUAAUGCCCUUUAUUUUUUAUGUAAAAGUACUUUGAAUUACCUUUGUUUUGAAAUUCAUUAUACAAAUAAACUUGCCUUGCCUGCCUUUAUAGCA